UUAGCAGUCUGUGGAACGUGACAACUUCCGUCUCUUAACAUUUUUGAUUUGUCAUUUAAAAUAAAAUGUUGUUCAAUAUUCUCAUCCCAUCAAGUUUCCCCAGUAAUGUCUGAUAAGAAUGAUUGUGACAUAACCGUGGUGUUAGGAGUGUUAGUGGUGUUCACGCUACCGCUGACGCUUCUGGUGCCAGGGUUCUCUCUGUGGGAUGUUGUUCCCAAGGUGCGGAUUUCGCGCCUGCACAUCGUCAGCCAGGACCUCACUUGGCCGCAGUUGAACGCUGCUAUUGUUUCGCUGCUGACGCUGUUUUUCUGCCUAUACCUGGAAAUUCGGAAGCGAAAGUUAGACGACAUGGUAGAAAAGGUCCUGUCGGUGAGCCAAGCCACGGACGUCACUAUGGAAGUGGAGCGCGAGCGGCAAGCUGCAGCGGUUCGGGUGUGUGUCGAACUCUUAGAUGCGUCCGCGGAACAUUACGAAAACCUUGUAUUACUGCGGGACGAACUUCGCAAGCGCGAGAAGAUGAAGCGACAGUUUCCACCAGCCAUCGAGCCCAGCUCCACAAUGUAAACCUUAACAAUGUUAUUCAGGAAUACCGGCGACGCCGCCUUUAUAAAUUACUGGAAGCAGUAUUGAACAACAUGUGAAAAGUAAAUCAUUAAAAAUUCAAAAUAAACUUGUCAGUGUAUUGAGUAAUACAUACACACAGUAGUUCUGUAAAAAUCUAAAAACAUUAAUAUUGUUAUAAAAAACAUUUAGAAAAAUCAGAGAAAACAAUACUUUGGUUUUAGUAUCAAAAUGUUAGUGUUCACUAUAAUGUUUUAAAAAAUAAACAGUCUUAUAUCCUA